ACAGUUGUUUGGAGUUUGUUUACAACAAUGUUUGUCGUUACCUUGUCGGAGGUAAUGUAGUAGCAAAUAGUGAAAAUUCAUUUUACAAACUAUUUUGUAAAAUUUGUAACAAUUGAAUUAUCCGGAGCACCGCAAGCCAGCAACGUUCCUCUUGUGGAUAAAAAGUAACAGUUUUACCCUGCCUAUUAAUUUAUAAAUUUGUUUUUGUGACUUCUGUUUUGCUUGAAAGAGCGGCUGUAUUUAUCAACUAGGUUGAUUGAUUGUGUCCAACAAAAUUAGCCAUGAUUUGCGCUUUGAGCUGACGAAUCUCACAAAUAUUGUCGACAAUUGAAAUUGUGUAAAAUGUCCCACAUGUUUGAAGUCGGCUUGGGAGGGCAGGCUGUUAACUUCCAGUCGCUGGCUUUGUUGGACACGGGAUCAUUGGUUACAACUUCCGGUUCCGAGCCUGGGACAUUUGUAUUUGAAGAUGAAGGCGACAUUUUUCAAUGCGGGCGUUGUAAAACGGCGUUUGGAUCGUUGUCAGUUUUUAUGUUGCAUAAACAUAAACGGGAGUGUGUUACUUCCUUGUCUUCGUUAACGAAUGUCUCGAUCAAAACUGAAUCCUCUAAGGACGAUUACAAUCUGUCGACUAGCAAUUACAUGACGGAUGGUGGAGAAAUGAUCUCUGAUGGAAUGAAAGUGAAUGGACGACAGUUUGUUGACGCUGGUCAUAACGGUGUGUUGACUAUAUCUCAAGAUGAGAAUGGGCCUGGUACCUCGGACGAUGGGAUGAUGCCACCAAACUCGAUGCUACAGUCCAUUGUUCUGACGGAUGAUACAAUGUCUUUAACCAUUCCUGUUGAUCAAAACUCUCAAUUGGGACAACUAAUAUCUAGUUCCAACUCCCAAACAGUACUGCAUAUCCCAGAAACCGAGUUAGCAGCUCUCAUUGCUGGAGAACGCUACCACAUAUCAGCUUCCACAGACUCUGCAAAUUCCAUGAACUCGCAAGGAUUUUUCUUGACUGCAUCACUUAUACCGUCAAAUGUUAAAGAACCCCUUUCUGAAAAAAAUAUUCCGGAUCAUCACUAUGAUAUGAACGAGGAUCAUGGGAACUCUAUGAAUUUCUUUCACUUGAAAAAGGAUACCAUAUUUAAUAGUUCCGAGACUGAACCUGGGGAAGAAAUACAUAAGUCCGAAGAAACUGGUGUUUUGAGAAUGCGAAAGGAAAAAAUUGUUGAUCUUUCAAAUCGUGAAAACACUCAUCAACGUCCAAGCAAGCCAAAACCCAAACCCUCUUCUUCCCUAAAUGUGAAACGAACCCCGUCGGGGAAAAUUUCACUUGUGACUCAGAAACAAACACCUGAACCAGCUGAAUCCAAACGCAAAUGUGAAUACUGUGGAAAACCAUUCAAGAAACUAUUUAACCUGCAUCAACACAUCCGUAGUCACACAGGAGAAAAACCAUUUCAUUGUUUGGUCUGCGGCCGAGGAUUCACUCAAAAGUCAAACGUCAAGAAGCAUAUGCAGACACACAAGGUUUGGCCUAAAGUCAAAUAUACUCUUCCUAAGGAGCAAAUCUCCGUUAAAUUAAAAGAUGGCGAGCCAAUUCCCGUUGACAAUGGAGAGCCUAAAACCGUGGAAAAUGUUGAAUACAUUGUCAACAAUGUCUAUGUUUGCCAAUAUUGCGAUGAUCAACACUUUGAGAAUUAUCAUAAGCUCAAAACCCAUUUAUCUCAUGCUCAUAAAAAUGAAAAGCUAUUCAAGUGUAUUCACAAAGAUUGCAUGGCCACGUUUCUGGAGGUUGAGGGUCUAAUUUCCCAUAUGAAAACUCACGAAGAUCAAAUGUAUCAAUGCCAGAAUUGUCCCAAAAAAUUUAACAAUUUGUAUGACCUUGGGGCCCAUCAACCAUCUCACAGACUGCAUGUCAACAAAGUUUCGACUGCCCCACCAAAGCAAUUUCGAUGCACGAAAUGUAAUAGCAGAUAUUCAUCUUCUGAAAGCUUGACGCAUCACCUAUUAUCAAGCUCCCACAAUUACCCAUGUUCCCAGUGCCAGCUAACCUUUGUUUGUGAAAGAUAUUUACGCCGACACCUUAGAAUUCAUGGAACAGUGGAGAAAUUCAAGUGCGAGCUCUGCCAGAAAAUGUUUAAGACCGAGAACUACUUGAAGUCCCACUUGGUUAUCCACAGUGACAUAAAGCCGUUUCAUUGUGACACGUGUAACCAGGCGUUCAAUCGACGGGAUAAACUCACACGCCACAAGCUGAUGCACGAUAACCGAAAGAAAUAUAAAUGUCCUUACAAGCAUUCAGGAUGUGAGCGAGAAUUUUAUCGGAAGGAUAAACUCAAAGAUCACAUGAUGUCACACUCAAGAAAAGUCUAUUCAUGCUCCAAAUGUGGCAAGAAUUUCUCAUGGCCAGUCAGGUUAAGGAAGCAUCAAGCAACUUUUCAUCCGGAAAUGUUGUCCAACAUUACAUGCCCCACUUGUCAAAAGAUUUUCAAGACCAAACAUCAUUUGAAGAUUCAUUCUUGUAAGCGGGCAGAAACCACAAAUGUAAUGCAGCAGGAUCUGGGCGAAGUUGGAAUUCUGGUGAGCGAGGGCAAUUCUAUUUCUCAACAGAACGAAAUAGAAUUGGCAGAAGAUAACUUACUUGUGGGCGAGUCGUCCAAGGUUGUGGUUCUGUACAACGACUGUGAGAUAGAAGACUCGAUAAACAGUAAUGAAGAUAAGUGCGAACCUGGAAUAAUGCUCGGUAGUUUUACUCAUGCUGAUGAUCCUGAAACUAUCAUCUUUACUCGAUAUGCUUCCGACAUGGAUGAUAAAGAAGUUUGCACAGAACUUGAAACAAAUGACGACAUUGGAACAAUCGAAAUGUCAUUUGAAACUGAUGGCCACAUUGAUCAACUUAUAGUAAAUUAGUCUAUUGAAUUAGUUCCAAUUAUUAACAUACUGUAUAUAUCAUUAAUUAACAUGCAUGCCACAAACAAUGCUUUAAAGGUUUAUCGAGAUUUAUGGAAGAUUUACUUUUCUAGUCAAUAUACAUUUAUUAAUCUCGUGAAAAGUCUUCAAUUUUUGACGAAUUAUAUAUUUCCAUUACAUGCCGCCUUGUGCAGGCAGUGCAUUUUUGUAAGAAUAUAAUGGUUGGACUUUAUGGUAAGCGUAGAAAAUUAGUUAAUGAGUCAUAUAACUUUAUUGAGGUUUGGUAUCUAUAUUCAGCGGAAAUAGACCAUGAUUUGCCAAACCACCAAAACCUGGGUGUCUUGUCAACUUUUUUAAUGCUAUAAAGCAAUACAUACAAUAUGAAUAUGUACUUUAUUUGCAUUUAUGUAUAUAUAGUUGCAUUUCAUCAUAUGUAUGUACUUGUUAUUUUUUGACUUACAAUUUAUUUAUUUAUGUAAAUUAAUAUUUGUAAGACGUUGUAUUUUAUUACUUUUUACUGUAUAACUACACUUACAUAAAUACAUUCUUAUUAUGCUGUCUAACUUCAGCCCUUUGGAAAAAAGAUAUUAUACAAACUCUGUGAUUCAACUACUACUUAUACAACCAACCACUUAUUAUCUAUUCUGCUAAAUAUGUAAGAAAACAGUACGCGACGAUAAAUGGCAAUAUUUUAUACAUGUUUGAUAACAACUCUGAAAUGCAAUAAUGUGUAAUCGUUUAAUUAGUUGAGGUCAUUUUGUCUUGUAAUAAUAAUAAUGGCUUCUGUAGUGAGUAAUAAAAAUUUUGGAAUAUUUUAUUUGUGUUGAUAUAUGUGCAUAUAUACCUAAUACAACAUAAGAAUCUUAUGAUAAGAUGCAACGAUUAUCAUCGAAACUACAAUCCUAUGACAUUGAGCAGCCUGUGAAUACGAGGAGAAAUCAAGAUCGUAUAUCGGAUAUCCCAUUACUUGAGAUUUCUACUAUUUCUACGAGCGUCUACAACCCUACAACAUGUCCAAACACUGAUAAUGCUGUGAAAAAUGUCAAAUUUGAGGAAUCGUCAACUCACAACCAGGAAAAAGAUACUUCCGUAACAUCUCUGGUCAUGAACAACGGAGUCGACGUGCCUUACAAAAAUUCAACACAUUGCAAACAAGAAAUUUGCUUUCAAAAAGAUUUCACACUAUGUAUCCUACUUUUACUUAUUUUUACCACCCUGUGCAUAGCUGGCAUUAUGAUUCUACAAUACAUACUUGUGAAAAGCUCAAAAGAUGAAACUUGAUUAAGUAAUCACUUUGUAAAUAAAUCGAUGUAUUUACUGGA